AUGUGGAGCACAGCAAUAGCCUUAGCUGUCCUCUGCAAUAUGUGCUUUGCACAGUGGGGCACUUUCUACUCGUUUCUGAACGGACAGAUCUAUAUGCGUUUGAAAAACAACGAUAUGGUCUCUCUUAACUUUUCCAUCACCGGCUUUGACGAUUUGGAUCUUUAUUCCUCCUACUCGAUAGAUGAUGUCAACAUCAAAUCGGGCCAGCUCGUGAACACCAUGAGCCUGCCGCCUUCAAAUGCGUCUAUUUUCCUUCUUCAAGAAAAUCUCUACGCUUUCAUGGCGUCAGAUGACGUCGACGAUGAUGGCGAUAUUUGCGGUUCAGGUGUUCUUCGCUUACUCCAAUAUGAUAGAGAAAACGACUCGUGGGAAAGCUCUAAGGACGAAUUAACCUUUAACGGAGUCGAGGACCACUCAUUUUACUCCUCCGCUACUUAUCUAGUCUCUGACGAUUCUUCUGUUGUAUACAUUUACGGUGGAAAAUGUGACGAGACAGGUAUAUCGACUGACAGAUUACUUGCAUUCGACAUGCAAAAGAAGAGCUUCUCGAAUAUAACUACAGCCACAAAACCACAGCCGUUUUUCGGGGCCGCAAACUUGUGGGCUCCCAGCCCUCAAAACCUGCUUGUGGUAGGUGGAAAAUCACAACUGGGAUGGCUUAACAUGAAGCAAUUAGCGACUUGGAACUUCAACUCUGGUUGGCUGUUCCAGCUGGUUGAAAUCAGUGGCAACGAAUCAAUUGGUUCCCGAAUUAACCCUUUAGUAUUGCCUGUCUUUAAGAAGUUGGCUGACAAUGCAACCGCAACGUUUGAAAGUACUUAUUCCCCCUCCUCCGUUCUUGUUUUUGGUGGAGAAGCCAACGGACAACCAGAUCCAGAAAUUGCGCGUAUACGUCUCAACUCUAACCAGUGGGUUUGGGAAAGUGUUGAACUGGAUUUCAAACUAGAUGAUGUUAUGGGAGCGGCGGCUAUUUUCAACACCCUAGUUGUGGUUAACAAAUCACUGGAACUUUCAAAGCGAGACCAAUCUCAUAGGUAUACACUCGAGCUUUAUGACAUUUCUACAAAACUAGCAAGUGUCGAGGAUUUGAAAGCGAACACACUCAGGAGUCAACCGACAAACAAAGGCGGCGAUUCAGGAUCAUCGAUUGUUACCAAAGCAGUCGCUGGUACACUUGUGCCAAUAGCUGCUAUUGGUCUUAUUGCGACUGCCGGACUCAUUCUCUGGAAGAAGAAGAAAGCGAAAAAUGCUGAUGAUGCAGAUCAAGGUCCUAUGGACUAUCAAUUGGGACAUUUCCGGACUGCACUGGAUCAGCAUUACCACCUUUUGGAGCCUUCACCUUUGAAUGUUUAUCAUCACAGUAAUGAUACGAAUUCAACUUUGGAUGAUGCCUCAAUAGACUCUUGGGUUCGGAAAAGACAGGAGUUUGAUGCUAAAAGAUUAAGGACAUUGAAAAGACACAGUUAUCUUGCAUCUAACGAGACUUUAAAUGGGCACAAAGAAGAAGAUGAACUUACUGAAAUGGUACAAGUGCCUACAGACAUACUACCUCUGCCUUGCCGGACACAUCAGCUUCGGAAAAGUCUUUCCUUUACGAAUACGCCGCCACAGCUGCCUCAAUUGAAGAAAAAGAGCAGGCUAGAUCCAGGAUUUAUUGAUAUAGCCCAGUUGGGACUUACAGCAGAGAACAUUGACGACGAGUCCGAUGAUUCGUUGGAGCUGCAGAUGGAUGUUCAAGUCUUGGUGAGCUCAAAAAGGAAAUCAAUUCUCCGAAUUGUAAAUCCAGACAUGGAAGCUGAAAAAGAGGACUGUCUAAGACAGAGAACGCCUUCAAAGUAA